GCUCCAUCUUGAAAGAGAGACACAAAACGGAACCGAGCCGCGGUCUGGGAAACGAAAGAGGACGGGUUUGAGUUUCGUUUUUUCAGCAAGGAGGCAGGCGCACGAGAACGGAAAGACAGCGCAUGCGCCAAUUCCCGUGCAAGCAAGCGGUCAAUUAAAAGGGGUCGACUUAGCCCCUUCCCCACCCCUACCCCAUCUUUAAUUCGGAGCGGUUCAGCUUGCGCUGCGGUUGGAUUUUUAUCAUAUCUGUCUGGGUGGGAUAGCGGACCCUGCUUGCCAAGGUUCGGUGCCUGCGGGCGCCUUUCUUGGGCGGCGCAGGGACGGUGAAGCGUCCGUGACCGUGUGAAAGAGACAGAUGUUCUCCCAGGAGUGUUCUUCCGCGGGCUUCCCGUCUUCCUCUGGCGAAAAUGAUCAAGAAGUGUACGAAUGUCCACUGUGUCACCUUGUUUGUACUGACUAUCCAGUUCUACAGGAGCAUGUCGAAUUACACUUGCAGGAAUCCAGUUUUGUAGAAGGAAGAAACUUGCAUGAUCUAGAAUUGGCACAGCAUAUCCAGAAUGAGGAAGUUGCCCAACGAAGAGAAGCUGCAAGACAAGAGAGAGAAGAUUUUCAAAAGCUGCAAAGACAAUAUGGCUUGGAUGGUUCUGGUGGGUACAAGCAGCAGUCUUUGAGGAACAUGGAAAAGGAAGUAGCUCAGGGAAGAAUGGUUCCUGCUGAGUAUCAUAAGAGAAAAGCUGAGAUGAUGGAAUCUUUGGCUUUUGGCAUUGAUGAUGGAAAGACACAGACUUCAGGAAUUAUUGAAGCACUCAGCAUUUACUAUCAAAAUGAAUAUAAAGACAUUAAGCGAGUCUGGCUUUCUGUGGGAGUAGAUCACUUCCAUUGUUCUUUAGGAGACAAAGGCUGGGGUUGCGGUUAUAGGAACUUUCAGAUUAUACUUUCUUCGCUCCAAAAAAACAGCAUCUACCAAGACUGUUUGAAAGAUCUUGAAUCAAUUCCUUGCAUUUCAAAAAUUCAGUCAUUGAUUGAAAAUUCCUGGAAAGAAGGUUUUGAUCCCCAAGGAGCUUCUCACUUCAACGGUAGAUUACAUGGUACUAAAGCAUGGAUAGGAGCAUGUGAAAUUUAUUCACUUCUAACUUCUCUCAGAUUAAAGUGUCAAAUCAUUGACUUUCACCAAGCAACUGGCCCAUCAGGAACACAUCCUCGUUUGCUUGAGUGGGUGCUGAGUUACUACAGUUCAGAUAAGAAAAAUGGUCCAAAGGUACUGCGUACUUCCAAGCCUCCAAUCUACCUUCAACACCAAGGCCACAGUCGUACUAUUGUUGGAAUAGAGGAAAGGAAAAACAAAAGCUUGUGUCUAUUAAUAUUUGAUCCAGGCUGCCCCUCAGAAGAAAUGCAAAAGAUAAAAGGCAAAGAUAUUUGUAUCAAUUUGAAGUUGCUUCGGAGAUGCGUGGGUGGCCUAAAACAUAAACAGUAUCAAGUGGUGGCCAUAGAUGAUGUGUUGUCAGCUGAAGAAAAAAUUGCCCGUCAACAGGCUUCUCAGCUCUUCACAGCUCAGAGAAUUCCUUGAAGGAUGGAUGACUGCAACUUUUUUUAACGGAAAGAUUUCUGGUGCAUUUACACCAGAAAUAUGUGGCAUACUUAGUAUCUCAAAUAUUGCAAAAUAAAUUUUGAAAAAACAAA